AUGACACAACCCGAGGCGACGACGCUACAGAAACUCGUCGAUAAUGCAUCCGCUAUACGUGGAUCUCUUCUUUCCAUAGGGUCGGCCGAAGAAAUCAUGAACAACAUAAUGAUACACAUACUGCUUUCGAAGGUCGACGCCCAAACCAAAGCGAAGUACAACGAGCAGCAAGGUUUCGAUAAACUGUCCUCAUGGGAGGAUUGUUGCAACACUCUAAACCGUCGAUGUCAAUAUCUUGAGAGCCAAGGCGAUCAUCAGUCAGAUCAGCGUGGCGCAAAGCCCAAGGUUAAACAGGCAUCAACUUCAAAGACGUUUGUGACCACUAAUGCGAACUGUGUGUAUUGCAACUCACCGUCGCACUAUAUCAGCAGCUGCAAUAAAUUCAAGGAGUUAUCCUUGCAGCAACGAAUCGAUUAUGUACGCAAGGCUGGCAUAUGCUUCAACUGUCUACGAAAGACGCACUGCAUGAAAGAAUGCCAAUCAAAAUCUAGAUGCAAAAUUUGUCAAUCAGUUCAUCACACACUUCUACACAAUUUUACGCAAGGUGCCAAUUUACGAAUGCCCGUUUCUACCGCUCCAUCAAAGGUCCAAGACUCGAAUAAUGCUAUGCCCCAAUCAAGCGCCUUGUUGGUGUCACGCACUAUUAAAAAGGGCAUAAUCCCAACUGCAAUAGUCCAAAUUAGAGACAAAUUUGGUCAACUACACUUAGUUCGCGCAUUAUUAGAUUCAUGUUCUGAAAUUAGUUUCAUUACAGAGGAAACAGCAAAACUGUUGCAGCUUGAAAAGCGUCGCGUACAACAAGAAGUGAGCGGUAUCGCAGGUAUACGCCAAAAGAUUAGUCACAACGUAUUUGCAACGUUAAGGUCUCGCUGCUCAGAGUUUGAGUGGUCUUCUACAUUUUCGGUAAUAAAAAAGAUUUGCGCAAACCAACCUCAAGAAACAAUUGACACCUCAGAAUGGUGCUUACCUCCUGGAAUAACUCUUGCUGAUCCACAAUUUUAUUUAUCUACCAAAGUGGAUAUUUUGAUCAACACUAUGGGAUUUUUUGAGGCAAUGCGAGAAGGUAAAUACAACCUGGGUCCAAAUAUGCCCUGCUUGCUUAACUCUGCGUACGGGUGGAUUGUUGGCGGAAGUAUUGGGAGUGUUGAUAUCAGUAAGGCGCAGCAGUGUAAUGUAGUUCAAGAAGCUAGCAGUCUUGAACAACUUGUUAAAAAAUUUUGGGAAGUUGAAGACUGUAUCACUAAACCAGCAAAAUUUACUGACGAAGAACAAAUGUGCGAAGAACAUUUCGUCAACACAGUAAGAGUGCAGAAGGACGGCCGUCUACAAGUAAGGCUUCCUUUUAAAACAAUGCCAAAUGCUCUUGGCAACUCAUUUGACAACGCGAGCAAACGUUUCAAAAUGCUCGAGAGAAGAUUUGGCCGGGAUGAACAACUCAAGAAUCUAUACUCCGAGUUCAUGAACGAGUAUAUCUCACUGGGUCAUAUGUCACUCGCACAAAAUGUCAACUUAAUGAAACCUCACUUUUACAUACCUCAUCAUUGCAUUUUGCGACCGCAGAGUUUAACAACAAAACUUCGCGUUGUCUUUGACGCCUCUGCGAAAACAACAUCAGGACAGUCAUUAAACGAAUUGCUUAUGGUGGGGCCAACCAUUCAACAAGACUAA